AUAUAUGUACUAAUUAUUAAUUAGGUAUUUGAAUAUUAAUGCAUAAAAUUAGACAAAUUUUCAUCACAAUAACAACUACAUUAGACUAGUCUUGACACUUUGACCCUAAAAAAAAAAGAUCAUGAAACAUCGAGACAAUAAAGAACAUGUAAAAAAAAAAGUAGUACUGUAGUUUUCUAGACUUGUUUGGGGUAAGAUAAUUUUUAAAUGACAAAACACAAAAAUAUUGAAUGCACCCUUUUACAAGUAAAAGGCAUUUACUUCCCCUAAAAUGUGACAUAGAGCACAAAUUUAAUAAUGUAUCAAUUUAAAAAAUAAAAAAAAUAUAAAUAUAUGCUUCAUAAUAAUUUAACGUACCACUAGAUGAAUGGACUGACACCCUAUAUAUAUAAUAAUAAUAUAUACAUAACUAACAUACCAAACUCUUUCAAUUGAUCUUGGAAAAUAACUUUUCAGAGAAAAUGGAAAGUUGGAGAGUAAUACAUCUUAGUAUUGUGAUACUUAGUUUAUGUGCUACAAAAAAUGAAGCUUAUAAUCAGUUAGAUUACAACUACUAUGAAACUUCAUGUCCAUUUUUAGAAGACAUUGUUAGAAAAGAGAUGUUAAGCAUCUUUGCAACUGAUGUUUCUUCUCCUGCUGCCUUUCUUCGCUUAUUGUUUCAUGACUGCCAAGUUCAGGGAUGUGAUGCAUCAAUUCUACUGAAUUCAAAAGACUCGGAAAUGAAAUGUUCCAAGAACUUCGGGAUCAGAAAAUUUGAAGCAAUUGGUAAACUAAAAUUCGUCUUGGAAGCCGCAUGUCCAAGGCAAGUCUCUUGUGCAGACAUAAUUGCUCUAGCAGCAAGGGACUCGGUCGCGCUCUCGGGUGGACCUUCAAUACAAAUUCCUCUUGGAAGAAAGGACUCUAGGACUUGUAGCACCCAACAAGCUGAUGUUCAUCUUCCUUCCACUAGCAUCGACGUCGAUCAAUUACUUCAAAUUUUCAUGAGCAAAGGAAUGAAUCUCCGAGAGUCUGUGGCAAUUCUAGGUGGACAUACACUAGGAGCAGGGCAUUGCAUAAACAUUGUGGACAGACUGUACAAGCCAAAUCCAAGAGAUGAAAUGGAUCCCAAUUUUCAACUUGCAUUAAAAUUUGGUUGCCCUACUAAAAUUCCUAUGACAAACUUAACAGCAAUACCAAAUGAUAUAACACCAACUAUAUUUGAUAAUCAAUAUUAUAGGGAUAUUAUUAUGGGCAAAGGCUUGUUUAGCAUCGACUCCACUAUUUCAAGGGAUCCUCGCACCAUUAAUAUUGUCAAUCAAUUUGCUGAUGAUCAAGAGUUGUUUUUCCAAGCUUUUUCUUCUGCUUUUGUUAAGCUUUCUUCGGCUAAUGUUCUUACUGGGAACAUGGGUGAAGUGAGGUUACAAUGUGAUCAAGUAAAUCGAUGACAUUAUUAUUAAUAAUUGUCGUAUUUUAAACAUUUUCAUGUCUCAUAUAUGUUUAUAUUAUAUAUGUAUAUGAGUUUCAUAUGAAUUAGAAUUGUCUUUAUAGUAUUUGGACCUUUUUUUUACCACUUACUAUAAUGCUGUUUA